AUGGCGGAAAUCCUCGUCGAAUGCUGUUUGCACAGAAGUUUAUGGCGUGUCAGUGACUACGAGGCUUUCGACAGCGUAGCCAGGAUGCCGCCCCCGAAGGACUCGAGUUCGCGAUACUCCAACGGCUACUCAUCCGAUCAACAAUCAGAUUCUAACGACGAAGGUCAUGGCCCUUCCUAUCUGGUCGAACAUCUCGCAACCUUCAGGGUCGGGUCAGCUUACGAAGUCGAAUCGCCUAAGGAUGGCCUUCGGAAGUUGUUCCAGAUGGAAAAGACGAAGGGUAUCUGGACUCAGAAAAUGAGCAUCCGUCUGGAACCGCGCUGGAUGGUAAUCAUCGACGAGGAAAACGGGGAAAUCGUGGAGCGUUUUCCAAUGUCGCUCAUCUCGGAACCCACCGCAUUCACAUCGAACGAUCCGCGAGAACUCUACAACAACAUCCUCGUGUUCAUCGUUAAAGAUGAUCAGCCAAAAGGCGCCACCUCCGACGCGGAAAUGCACAUCUUCCAGUGUGUCAGGAUAUCGGCACAGGAAGUUGUGAGCGAUGUCAAAGGCCUGAUGUUGGGCAAAGGACUUCCGAAGAAAAAUGAAUUGUCAUCCAAUGCUCAGAGUGCUCCCAGGAGUGUUUCACCCGGCGUUCACCCGACACCAGGGGUCAACGUAAGGGAACAGGUGAGCAUCUUCAAUAACGCCAAGGCUGAGUCCCGGAGUAGCCUUUCCAACCGGGGUGGCGAUUCGGAUGGAGCUCCGGAAAUCCGUCCUCAGGAGAUGCGAUCGAUCGGGGCCUCUGGAGCGCAGGCGCUCAAAUCCUCGCAACACGCUCAGUACGUUCGACGAGAACACGAGAGCAACGACGAUUCGUCCUCCACGGGAAGCGAUCGCUACGAACGCGACGUCGCCAUCUUGAAUCAUUGCUUCGAUGACAUCGAACGCUUCAUUGCUCGGCUCCAGAACGCGGCCACGGCCUACAAGGAGCUUGAGAAGCGCCGCAAAGGAAAAAAGAGUGGAAAUAAGAAGAAGGAUAUGGGCGAGGGUCUCCUGAACAUGAGAGCAAAACCCCCGCCUCAGAAGGAGUUCGAGGACAUUCUGGCCAAAUUCAAACUGUCCUUCAACCUCCUCGCGAAACUGCGGAACCACAUCCACGAUCCGAACUCACCCGAGUUGAUUCACUUUUUGUUCACGCCACUCGCCGUAAUCGUCGACGCAGCCCGAGAUUUCAACUACGGUCCGAAUCUUGCGGCCAAGGUCGUUGCACCUCUACUCACAAGAGACGCCUGUGAGCUCCUUGAUAAUUGUUGUACAUCGAAGGAAAACGAUCUUUGGAGAUCGCUCGGAGACGCGUGGUCCGUGCCAAGAGACCAGUGGAAGAACUACGAGGAUACCUACCAUCCAGUGUUCACCGAUGGCUGGGCUCCAGAGUACCCGCACUUCCCCGAUGAUACGUCGGACAUGGCCGGCUCCAAACGACGCUCAGACGAUUAUGUUCGAUCGGCCGAUCGUUAUGAAUUGCGCGCCGAAAGCCCCCAUGCCCUCUACGGCCCUCCGCCGCCUCGCGGGGGCUAUCCCGAGGAACGUGCGCGGACGCCAUCGGAACACGAGUUUGUGCAGAGAUCCGACAUCAGCAGCGACUCGAUGGAGCCUCCGAACGGUCUCGACGCACAACGGAACUUCGAACGUCAGCAGGCGCUGUUCCUCGAUGACUUGAAAGCCGCUCAGGCGAAAGUUGUGCAGGUGAUGUACCCUCGUACAGCUAACAAUGACAAGGAGCUCACCGUCAUCCGCGGAGAAUACCUCGAGAUCCUGGACGACUCGCGCAAAUGGUGGAGAACCAGAAACAUCCGCGGGCAGGUUGGUCACGUGCCUCACACGAUUGUCGCGCCCGUCGGCGAUGAUUUCCACAACAAUGGUUACGAGUCUGCCAACUACAGUCCGAGCGAGUCGCCCGUGGAGGGCUAUGCCCGCGGGGCGGUUCGAGGUUCACCCAAUCAACCAGCUCCCGCCGAGUGGGUCCGCAGGGAACGUCAGGGGAAGAAAGGUGAAUUCCGAACGUACUCGUCCGGACCUCUGUACACCGAACAAAUCACCGUCUGCGAGAAUCACCGCGGAUAUGCGGCCUCGCUGGACGCCCUGUACGCGAAACCAGAGCUGAGGCCGACUACGCCCACGAAUCCCGUAUCGUCUGCGCGUAGGAGCGAAAUGCAAGCCCUGGGCAAGGUCACCAGACACUCCGUUGCGACAGCGAAUCCCGAAUACGGCCCUCUGUGCGAGAAACACCGACAGGAACGUAGACAUUCUGCGUCCCUCAAUCAGGACCUCAAACAUCGAUACACUUCGCCUGUCGCCAGGCAUCACGUGGAGGAGCCAAGGUACGAUAUGCCCAAGAGAGCGCCAUCUGAAGAAGGUUGCAGCACGCUGCCCAGAUCACAGCAGAAAGCCCUGAAGAAACAGAUCCGCAGUUCGUCGAAGGAAACCCAAGAUUUGAAACGGUACGGCUCAGUCGACCAUGUCGACCGGCAACCGCAGACCCAUUCAUCGCCCUUCCAUUACCACACUCCUUCUCCGCCUACUCCGAGUCAUCAUCAUCAUCACAAUCAUCAUCAUCGGAAACCACACGAGGACAGGCACGCGAAUGGCAAGAAGAAGGAUAACUCGCCGCCGCCGUUCAUGACUCAAUUCAGCGAGGAGCUCAAAACUCGGCUAUCCCUGCAAAGAGAUCAGUCCAACCCAAUCGACAAUGGGGAUCCCUCGAAGAAGCGGAGACCACCGACUGUUUUCAACUACAUAACCCCAGAGAGCACUCCCCAAGAAGUGCGCGAUUGGAUGAUUGAGAAAGGAUUCGAGCCUCCAAUCAUGGAGGCCUGCCGACACCGGACCGGCGAGGAGAUGUUUGGUUUGACUCGAGAUUUUUUCGAUGGCUCCAACGUUUGUCAAGAAGAGGUUCGGAAACUCAUGAGUCAUCUGACAGUGCAAAAGAACCUUUGUGGCUACAAGGGCCAAAACAAUACUUUGGAAGAACUCUUGCGGAAGCGCAGAACUGUCGUUGAUCAGAGUCUCUCUGAUGACGCCUCGAGUCCGGAUUCCGCUGCAAAGAAACUCGCUCCGUCCAACGGUGUCGAAGACCAAAUCCGAUCGAUGUGUGCACCCACCCCACCACCGAAACCACGCGUGCAAGUUGCGUACGGCUCGAGAGACGAUUCUAUCUCGCUUCAGUCUAAAGAUUCGGAAGACUUGGGUAGCGGACGUGGUUCGCCAACAUCCGUAAGCAGCUCAUUCGCCUUCAGCUCUGGAACGAUCAAAAGUGUUGUCGGCCAAAAAGGAUCUUCCUUGGAGUCCCCCGAUAGGACCACUUCGAAGCAGAGCAUUUCGAUCACACCGACAAUCCGAGUCGAAGACGAAAGAGAAGAGACCAGAAUGUAGUCAACAUCAUUGUCUAUUUUAAUUUCACUCGCCUUCGUUAUGCAACUCAGAUCGAACAAACGGAGUCCACAACUGCGGUAGAACCAAUUUGAAAGUUGAUCUGCUCCGAGCACAGGAGAUAAUCACGUCGCCCCAAUGCGAAUAGGUGGUGGGCCACAGGACGAGACUCGAAUUCAGGCAAAAAAGCUUUCCACUCGACCGGGUCUCGGCGAUCCCGCUCGGCUCCGUACUUAUAUCACACAAUUCUGACGACGCAACGAUACACGUUUUUCAUCUGUUUGGGGAGCAAUAUUUCGCCAGAAGCUGUUCGAUGUCUUACGUCUUCAAAAUCCACCGACAGAAGUCGCGUUUGACAGGAUUCGGAUGGAAUCGACAGAGGAAAUUUUAACUUGAA